AUAUAUAUUUUUUUUUUUCCCCCUAUAAACAUUCACUAUCUCCAUCUUUCCAAACCCUUUUUUUUUAUGGUUUUUUUGUUUUUAUUCCUCCUUUCCUUAACCCUUUUGCAAGUUCUCUGCUGUUUUUUCAGUUUUAUGAACUCUGCAGAGCAAUAGUUGUGAAUUGUAUUUGAAAGCAAAAAGAAAUGGUAGGAUGCAAGUUUUAUAUAAAGAAAAACAAUACAGAUUGGCUUAAUACUCUUCUGCAUCAAGAAUUCUUUAGUUCUUGUUAUCAUCAUCAAGAAUUUGGCAAAAAUGAGAAGAAUCUGUUUUGCAUAGACUGUAAUGUUGAAUUCUGUAAGCACUGUAUCACAGCUCAUUGUGUUCAUCGCCGGCUCCAGAUCUUUAAAUAUGUCUAUCAUGAUGUUGUUAGACUUCAGGAAAUACAGAAGCAUCUGGACUGUUCAAAAAUUCAGACAUACAAAAUCAAUGGCGAAAAAGCUGUGCACCUAAAUCCUCGACCUCGAUCCAAAGAUACCAAGCCAUCAACUAAGUCCAAAUGCGCUGCUUCCUGUGAAGCUUGUGGGAGAUACAUUCAAGACCAUCCAAAUUGUUUCUGCUCCAUAGCAUGUAAGGUCUCAGUAGUUUCAAUGCAGCCUCUAGAACAAAGUCAUCACAAGAUCUUCACUGUACCAAUCCCACAAUAUGGAGACCUUUCUUUGAAAGAAAGCUAUAAUUCAGAAACAGAAACCAGUGAAAUGGAGUCAUCUCUGUCGUUGUCUGAGUCUGUCGAGGAGGUUCAUGCUUGGGAAAGAGCAGCCUUGAAGCCAAGGAAACUAUCGCAUAAGAGGAAAGGAAUCCCUCUCAGAGCUCCAUUCUGUUAAUGCUCUAAAUUACAAAGAUUAAUGUUACUUUUCUUCAUAUUUUAUUGUCUUUGCACAUUUUUGUUCUAUAUUAAAAAUAAAACCACAUGUUAUUACAAUGUUAAAAAUAUUGAAGAAAGUCACUCCCAAGUAGACCCUAUGAUGGGAUUUUAGUUGGGUUAGUUGAGAGCUAGAGAACCCCAAAUUGUCUGGUGUGAGAGUUUCUUUGUGGGUUUGUACAGCAAAAGAAAGCUUUGUAUUAUCUUUGAGGGUUUUGAUGAAUAUCAAUACAAUUUCUUUUUUUUA